ACCCCCUCCUCGUGCACCUCCUCUCCUCCUCCUGUAUCUCCUGCACCUCCUGCUCCUAUUCCACCUGCACCCCCUCUUCGUGCACCUUCUCUUCCUGCAGCUCCUCUUCCUUCCCCUGCCCCUUCUCCUCCUCCUCCUCCUCCUGCCCCCGCUCCGGUCCUGCUCGGCGGCCCAGCCUACCAUGGCCCAUGCCUCCUGGCUCCUCGCCGCCCUGGCCGCCGUCCUGGCCGCCUCCCCCCGCCCGGCCUUCGCAGGAGACGCCCCACCCGCCAAAAUCGCCGUGGUGGGGGCCGGCAUCGGGGGCUCGGCCGUGGCCCAUUUCCUGCAGCAGCACUUCGGACCCCAGGUGCCGAUCGACGUGUAUGAGAAGGGGACUGUCGGCGGCCGCCUGGCCACCAUCACGGUCAACAAGCAGCAGUACGAGAGCGGGGGAGCUUCCUUCCACUCCCUCAACCUGCACAUGCAGGAUUUCGUCAAGGUGCUGGGCCUGAAGCAGCGGCGAGAGGUGGCGGGGAAGAGUGCCAUCUUUGGGGGAGGACAGUUCAUCCUGGAGGAGACGGACUGGUACCUGCUGAACCUCUUCCGGCUCUGGUGGCACUAUGGGAUCAGCUUCCUGCGGUUGCAGAUGUGGGUGGAGGAGGUCAUGGAGAAGUUCAUGAGGAUCUACAAGUACCAGGCCCACGGCUACGCCUUCUCUCGGGUGGAGGAACUUCUGCGCUCUCUGGGCGGGGACACCUUCGUCAACAUGACCCAGCGCUCGGUGGCCGAGGCGCUGCUGGAGUUGGGCGUCACCCAGCGCUUCAUCGACGACGUCAUCGCCGCCGUCCUGCGAGCCGGGGCCGGCCAGUCUGUCUCCAUGCCCGCCUUUGCCGGGGCCGUGUCUCUGGCGGGGGCGCAGGGCAACCUGUGGGCCGUGGAAGGGGGAAACAAGCUGGUGUGUUCGGGUCUGCUGAAGCUCACCAAGGCCAACGUGAUCAAAGCCAAGGUGACUGACGUGGCUCUGCACAGCUCGGAAGGACGGCCCCUGUACCGGGUGAAGUACGAAAACGAGGCCGGCCCCGGCUCCGAGUCGUACGACAUGGUGGUCAUCGCUACCGCCCUGUACCCGGGCGGCGAUGGCAAUAUUUCCUUCACGGGGUUCGACCCCCCCAUCCCCGAGUUCCUGGGCUCCUUCCAACCCACGGUCACCUCCUUGGUCCACGGCUACCUCAACUCCUCCUACUUCGGCUUCCCCGACCCCAAGCUCUUCCCUUUCGCCAGCAUCCUGGCCGCCGACUCCCCAUCCCUCUUCUUCCGGUCCCUGGACAACGUCUGCCCCGUGAACGUGUCGGCCGCCUUCCGGCGGAAGCAGCCCCAGGAGGCCGCCAUCUGGCGAGUCCUGUCGCCGCGGGCCCUGGAGCGACCCCAGCUCAAGACCCUCUUCCGCUCCUACUACUCGGUCCAGACGGCGGAGUGGCAGGCCCACCCCCGCUACGGCUCCCAGGCCACCCUGCCCCCCUUCGCCCUCCACGACCAACUCUUCUACCUCAACGGGCUGGAGUGGGCCGCCAGCUCGGCGGAGAUGGGGGCGGUGGCCGCCAAGAACGUGGCCCUCCUGGCUUACAACCGUUGGUACCAGGACCCGGAGAAGAUCGACCAGAAGGACUUACUGCACAAGGUGAAGACGGAACUGUGAGGACCGCGGCGGAGGGAUGGGAGCCGCCGGGCGAGGGAGAGAGGCCGCGCCCGAGGAAGGUGGAGGGAGCGCAGGUCGUACCGCGAGAAGCAGGGAGGUCUCGGCUUGAGGCCCCGAGCCUCGGCCACCGAUGUCUCUGCUCUCUGUCCCCGCCCGCCCACUGCGCCGUAGCGUGGCAGUCCUGAGCCGGGUGCGUGCCCAGGGCGUCCUUGGGUGGGUCCGGGGCCGCUCCCCUCGAAGGCCGACUGAGUCCCCCAUCGGUCGCCGCGGCCUCGGGCGAAAACCACCGUGGGCGGCCACCGUGGGCGGUUUCUCUUGGCAGCGUGGCGGACGCGGUGGGGGUGGCGGGGCUCCGGGCCGGGUCCGUGGGUGUCUUGCGACCGCCUUCCCGUCUGUGUCCCGGGGGGACGGGGGGCAGCGGUAACAGAUUUAAUAAAAAUGGAAAUCCCCCCCACCGGUCGCACCUGGGCCUCGGUCCGGGCGCCUGGCUGGGGGAGACCGGGC